UCCACGCUUCCUCCCUCGCCCUCAUCGACCCCUCCCGCUUCUCCUCCUCCCCCACCGCCGCCUCCGCCGGCGGCGACGUCGUGUACCCAUCCUCCAGCACCCCGCCUCCGCAUCACCUCCACCCCCACCUGGUGCUCUCCGGCGGCAAGGAGGACCUGGGGGCUUUGGCGAUGCUGGAGGACAGCGUGAAGAAGCUUAAGAGCCCCAAAACCUCCCCCGGCCCGGCUCUCGCCAAGGCCCAGGUCGAUUCCGCCCUCUCCCUCCUCUCGGACUGGUUCUACGAGUCCUGCGGCGCCGUCUCCCUGUCCUCCGCCGAGCACCCCAAGUUCCGCUCCUUCCUCCACCAGGUCGGCCUCCCCCCUCUCUCCCGCCGCGACCUCGCCGGCCCCCGCCUCGACGCCCGCUUUGAGGAGGCCCGCGCCGAUGCCGACGCCCGCAUCCGCGACGCCCUCUUCUUCCAGCUCUCCUCCGACGGCUGGCGCCCCCGCGACGCCACCGCCACCUCCGACGCCCUCGUCAGCCUCGCCGUCAACCUUCCCAACGGCACCUCCGUCUUCCACCGGGCCGUCCUUUCCCACGGCGGCGCCCCCUCCAAGUACGCCGAGGAGGUUCUCUGGGACACCGUCGCCGACGUCUGCGGCAGUGCCGUCCAGCGCUGCGCCGGCAUCGUCUCCGACCGCUUCAAGUCCAAGGCGUUGCGCAACCUCGAGACCCAGAACCAUUGGAUGGUCAACCUCUACUGCCAGCUCCAGGGCUUCCACAGCCUCAUCAAGGACUUCGCCCUCGACCUCCCCCUCUGCCACUCCGUCGCCAUCAACUGCUGCAAGCUCGCCACCUUCUUCAACACCAACAACCAGGCCCGGGGCAUCUUCCACAAGUACCAGCUCCAGCAGCUCGACCACGCGUCACUCCUUCGCGUCCCGCCCUCCUUCGACCCUUCGGCCGAGAGUGGCAGCCAUGGCAGGGAGAUCGUACGUAACUUCGCGCCCGUUUUCGCGAUGCUGGAGGACAUCAUGGCCGCUGCCCGGGCUCUCCAGUUGGCGGUCCUCGACGAAUCUUUCAAGAUGGUCUGCGUCGAGGACUCGACGGCGAGGGAAGUGGGGGAGAUGAUCGUCCCGGCGUUCUGGAGCGAUCUGGAUGCAGUCUACUCGCUUGUCAAGUUGGUCAAGGACGUGGUUCAAGAAAUGGAGACCGAGCGGCCGCUGGUCGGGCAAUGCCUUCUGCUGUGGGAUGACCUGAGGGCCAAGGUGAAGGAGUGGUGCAACAAAUUCAGUAUGGAGGAAGGGCCCGUGAAGAAGGUGGUCGAGCGAAGGUUCGAUAAGAACUACCACCCGGCGUGGUCGGCGGCAUUCAUAUUGGAUCCAUUGUAUUUGAUAAAGGACUCCAGCGGGAAGUACCUCCCGCCAUUCAAGUGCUUGACGCCGGAGCAGGAGAAGGAUGUGGACAAGCUCAUCACGCGGAUGGUUUCCCGGGAAGAAGCCCACAUUGCGUUGAUGGAGCUCAUGAAGUGGAGGGCAGAGGGGUUGGAUCCUCUCUAUGCACAGGCAGUGCAGGUGAAGAAGCUCGACCCGAUGACAGGCAAGAUGAGGAUUGCGAACCCACAGAGCAGCCGGCUCGUGUGGGAGACGUACCUCAGUGAGUUCAAGACACUAGGGAAGGUGGCGGUGCGGCUUAUCUUCCUUCAUGCCACUUCCUGUGGGUUCAAGUGCAACCUGUCGCUGCUGCGAUGUGUCCGCACACAUGGCCGUUCGAGGGGAGCGAUGGACCGAGCCCAGAAGCUGGCCUUUGUGGCAGCCCAUGCAAAGCUAGAAAGGAGGGAUUUUUCGAAUGAGGAGGAGAAGGAUGCAGAGCUCUUUGAUGAUGGGGAGGAUGAUGUGCUAAAUGAGCCAACCUUUGUGGAUGCCUCAUCAGUGUAACAUUUUUAUUUGAUUUUUUUUUCUCCCAUUUUGCUGCCUUCUGUAGAAUUGGAUUUGUAGGAAUUGCCAUAAUUUUUUCUACAAAGUCUUCGAUGUGUCCAUGUUGUUGUUCUUAGUUGCUCGAGAUUUUGGUGAGGAAGGGGUUGAGAGCAAGAGGACAUGAUCGAUUUGCUAAAAGAUCAGCAUCUCUUGGCUGAGCAUAAGAUAUUGUGAGGGUCAUUGAGUUGCAGAUAGAAAGGGAAGUCUUCUUGUUUAUAACAUAGAAUUAAUGAGGAGACCAAAACAGGAAGCAUCGAUGUAACAUUUUGGUUGUUGAGAAAUAAUAUUGAUAUGAAGUUGGAAGCAAC